AUGGUUCUCUUGUUAGCACGAAUUAUGUGUCCUUUCGAGGGAAACCAAAAAAAGGAGAAUAGGCAGCUAUUUACCAAGCAUGAUGGCAGGGAUCACGGCGAAACUGAUGCCCUGGACAAUGAUAUGAAGCCUCCAGUUCGUGACGUUUUGGCGCAACUUGCUGAAGGGAAGCGACAGGCCGCUAACAAGGAAGAUGAACGCCACGGCGCCGUAGACGAUGCUGUAUUCACUCCUGAUCACGCCUCCGUGGGCAGCGACAUCUGCCAGGAACACACACAUAAAAUCGUUAGCCGCCGUCUUCUCUCAACCCAACCGCCGAUGAAUACAUGGCUCCUGCGCUACGAUACGACUUUUUUUCUAUUUUCCUUUCUUGCGCGCAACGGAGUUUCCAAGUUCAGCUCGGCGACCUUGCGCAACCUCGCCAGGAACCCAGCCUUGUCCUGCUCCGUCUCUGGUUCGGGGGAAGAAUCUGCCAUCGUUGGGGGGAUGGCUUCGAGCCCAGACAAGGGGCUUCAUAUAAAAGAAAAAAAGCUCCAAAACUACGAAGCAAUCACGCACGCCUCCGAGGAAUCAUUGCUGUUAAAUGAACCCUCCGGACAAAGACUACUGCGUGGUGGAGUUACCUCGCUGACUGGCCGAAGCCCGGCCUCUGUCGAUAUGCUUGUGGGCCAGAGCAGCGAACGUCCGGCUUAUUACCUGGGCUUGGCCGAUGUCGUGAUCUGCACCAUCGGAGAAGUCGCCGAUUGA